ACCGCCUCAUCAUCCACCAGUCGUCCAUCUCCUUCCUCCCCACUGUCGUUCAUACCUAUAUGUACAUGAUGGUGAUCUCUUCAGCUCUGGCGCUCUGCGCGGGCGCAGCGGGUGCCGCAGCCCUGCAAAUCCCCCUGCUCUCCUCGCACAAACAAGCGCCCAUCCAGGUUGCAGACGAGCCCAAACCGCUGGUCAACUCGUCCGCGCUGCAGGACCUCAUCAGCGGCGACAGACUGAUGGUGCGCGCAAAGAAGAUGUUUGAGAUUGCAAAGCUGGGGGAGGACGAGUACAAUCAUCCGACAAGAGUCAUCGGGAGUGCAGGACACCUCGGGACGCUAUCGUACAUCUACGAGACUAUCCUUCAGCUUGGCGACUACUAUUCCAUCUCUAACCAGUCGUUUCCUGCUGUUUCAGGGAAUGUUUUCGAAUCGCGCCUGGUGCUAGGAAACGAGGUCCCAAAGUCCGCUGCGCCAAUGGGAUUGACACCGCCGACCAAGGACAAGCAGCCAGUCUAUGGCGCUCUGGUGCUCGUCGAAAACGAAGGCUGCCAGCCAUCCGAUUUCCCUGAUACAGUCGGUGGGAAUAUCGCCUUCAUCAAGCGCGGAACCUGCCCGUUCGGAACCAAAUCUGAGAACGCUGGCUUGAAAGGAGCCGCUGCCGCCGUCGUGUACAACUACGACAAAGAUCCAGUUGCAGGGACCUUAGGCACGCCGUCGCCAAACCAUGUUGCUACCUUCGGUCUGUCCGGCGCGGAAGCCGCGCCCAUUAUCAAGAAACUCGAGAAGAACGAAUACGUCGACGCGAUCGCGUACAUGGACGCCGAGGUCAACCAGAUCCUGACUGCCAAUAUCAUUGCUCAAACCACCGAAGGCGACCCGGACAACUGCGUUAUGCUCGGCGCGCACAGCGACAGUGUCGCCGAGGGACCCGGCAUAAACGACGAUGGGUCAGGGACAAUGAGCCUGCUCGAAGUUGCUACGCAACUGACCAAGUUCAACGUCAGCAAUUGUGUGCGCUUCGCGUGGUGGGCUGGCGAGGAGGAGGGCUUGCUUGGAUCAGAUUACUACGUCGCAACGCUGCCGGAAGAAGAAAACAUGAAGAUCCGCCUCUUCAUGGACUAUGAUAUGAUGGCUAGCCCGAAUUUUGCUUAUCAGGUGUACAACGCCACGAAUGCGGUGAACCCCAACGGAUCGGAAGAACUAAGGGACCUCUACUUGGAUUGGUACAAGGAACAAGUAUUGAACUACACCUUCAUUCCCUUCGACGGCCGCAGCGAUUACGAUGGCUUCAUUCGCAACGGAAUCCCCGGUGGUGGUAUCGCGACAGGCGCGGAGGGUAUCAAGACUGAGGAGGAAGAGGAGAUGUUCGGUGGCAAGGCUGGGGAUUGGUAUGACCCUUGCUAUCAUCAGCUCUGCGACAACCUGGGCAAUCUCAAUAUGACGGCUUGGGUGGUGAACACAAAACUCAUUGCGCAUUCGGUUGCUACGUACGCUCGCUCGUUCAAGGGCUUCCCCAAACGUACCGCUUCCGUCGCUUCCGCCGCGUAUGAGAACGAAAUUAAAUAUCAUGGUUCCAAGCUCUUCAUCUGAGCCUUUGGACUCCUGUGUAAGUAGUGUAUAAUAUUGUGGAUUGGACCGCAUCGACACUGUUCUUCGAGUCGCACCGUCUCCUUAGUUAGCUUAAGCGUGUACAGUACAGCCCUACCGCAAUAUAUACCGUUUAGAUGGAUUGAUAUCCUAUACCAUCCAGCGAUUCGGUUCAGCUCAGCUUGAAGGCCUUCCCGCUCCUAUCCUGUC